AGUGACAAAAAGAAAACAUAAGAGGUCUAGGGUGUUGUUUCUCAGAAAACAACCACAAACGUUGUCUCUCUUCCAUCUCUGCCUCCUUAAACCUCUGUCUAAACCCUACAAAUUUCUGAACUGAUUUUCGCAACCGUUCCAACGUAGAACACGAUUGAAAUGGAGGUGCCUUUGGUUAACGGUGAUCCAAUGAUUGACGAUGAAACUGAAGAUUUGGAUGAGGAAAUGUCACCGUUUGAAUCAGAUUCGGAAGAAGAUGUCAAAUUAGCUGAACCAUCUAAAACUGCAGUGAAUAACAGAGAUGCUAUAUUAGAUAAACUUGGAGACAUAAGCUGGCCUGAGAAUGUGGAUUGGAAGCACAAACUCUCCAUUGAUAUUGAUCAAGGGCAGGAAGUAGAUGUGAAUGAUGACUUGGCACGUGAGCUAUCGUUUUAUACGCAGGCAUUGGAGGGAACUAGACAGGCCUUUGAAAAGCUUGAGUCGAUGGGUCUCCCUUUCCUGAGACCUGCCGACUAUUACGCAGAAAUGGUGAAGGGAGAUAGCCACAUGGAAAAGGUGAAAAGUCGGCUAUUAGAUGAGAAGCGGAAGAUGGAGGAAGCUGAUGAGAGAAGAAAGGCCAGGGAAGCGAAGAGAUUGUCUAAAGAGGUUCAGUCACAGAAAUUGAAAGAAAGGGCCAAGCAGAAAAAGGAUGACAUUGAAUCUGUUAAGAAGUGGAGGAAGCAGAGACAACAGAGUGGGUUUGCUGACGGAGCCGAUGCUCCAGAUAAGUCUUUGAGCUUUGAGGAUGGAAAAGUGUUUGAGAGAUCAAAGAAAAAGAGGCCUGGAGUGUCUCCAGGCGAUCGGUCAGGAGGUAAGGCAAAGCAAGCUAUGGGAAAGGGAAAGAAGCCGCAAAAGAAAAGAGAUACUAAGAAUGCCAAAUUUGGUUUUGGAGGCCGGAAGGGUUCAAAGAAGCAGAAUACAGCUGACACAACUAAUGAUUUUGGCGGAUUCAGUAAGGGUUCUGCUGCUGGAAAUAAGAGAAAGAGAUAAAUAUAAUCUUGUUUUGUUUUCUCACAAAGGCGUGUGAUGGAAUGCUGAUAUGGCACAAUCUGGAGAAUUUCCAUCAAAUCUGUAGGUUCUCUUUCCUAAAUAUAUCAUGGUAAGUUGAUAAACUUUAUUGGCAGUUAUAGAUUCUUAUAUAUCUACUGCAAUUUUGAUGUUUUGUUAAACAAUUUGUUACGCUGUGCUGCUCGUUACUAUAAGAUGUAAUCGCUCGUUUAAGUACCAAGCCUGUGUUAGUAGAGAAAUGACUGUUUCUUUUUUGUUAUGUUAUUUAUUUAUCAAUUGAACACUCUUUUCUUGUCUUGUUUA